AUGCCGCUUCAAAAGAUGCAAACGUAUCCCGCUGUUGACGAAUAUUUAAAAAUAGCAGGUGGGUCCCCCAACGAAGAUGUGUAUGAUGGAAUUUUAAAACAGAUUAGUGAGUUACACCAAAGGCUCGACUCACAGCGAACCAAAAUUAAUAAAAUAAAAACGUUCACAACGCUUCUCGAAGCUGAAAUAGCGCCACUCACACAACGGUUUUCAUAUUCACAACAACAAAGUGGUGGAUCACCACAGACCAAUUCAUCUCAACAAAAUGUCGUACAUGAAAAAAAGAGCGAAGAUUUUUCAAAAAAAUCGAACGACCAACAGAUGUUCGAGUAUCGAGGAAAACAGCCCCAACAACAACUUUAUCAAAAACAACAAAACUAUCCAAUCACAAACGUCCCAAUAUCAACAUCACUAAAAACAUCAUUUGACACAUCACAACAAAAGAAAGACGCCGUUCAAUCGCAACCAAUUUUACAACCAUCCAAAACAGAUGAUUCAAUUAUGAGAUCUGUUAAAAGCGAAGGAACUGGUACACAAUUUUCAGAAUCGAAUUCAUCCGAAAAAAGACCGGACACAUUCACAGUGCCUUUCGUUAAACACCCCAAAAAAUCAAAAGAUGACGAAAAAGUACAGGUCCAACCACUUCAGAAGAAGCAAGACAAAAUACCAAACCCUCUUGCACAAAUAACUAAUACACAAAUUCCUCAACCUGCAAGUGCUCCUCAAAACACAAAUAUCCCACCACCGCAACAAGAACCUAUCCAGAGACGGGAUGUGGUCUCCCCAACAGAAAAACGGAAAGUCAAGAAUGUGAAUCGAACUGAAGUGGACAAAGAGACAAAACCCGAGUUUGCUCCAGUCUUAAAUGUGAGUACCGCCUCACAAGGACCAUUGCCAGCUACAUUCAGUCUUCCUCUUUCGACUAAAAGAAAAGUGCAGAAGAAGAGGACUGCAUCACAAUCCAACGAGGACGACGAACCAAAGAAUUGA